UACUCUAAAAGCUGCCCGAAAGCAGAGGACAUCAUCAAGCAACAAGUCACACAACUAUAUCACAAGCAUGGAAACACUGCCGUCUCAUGGUCAUGCGAUGCAUCGCUACUUUUAGAGACGGCGCGCGACGGUACUUUAGUGUCGGAGCAGACAUCGGAGAGAAGUUUCGGUAUGAGGAACUUUAAGUACGUAAACACCAUCAAAGCCGCAGUUGAAGAAGAAUGUCCCUUGACUGUGUCAUGCGCUGACAUUAUUGCUCUUUCUGCUAGAGAUGGCAUUUCCUUGUUGGGUGGACCAAGCAUUGAAAUGAAGACAGGGCGAAGGGAUAGCAAACAAAGCUAUGCAAAAGAGGUGGAAGACUUGAUUCCAAACCACAAUGAUUCGAUUUUCGUAGUGCUGUCUCGUUUUCAAGCCAUUGGCAUUGACGUUGAAGCCACAGUCGCUCUUUUAGGAGCUCACUCGGUAGGAAGAGUUCACUGCGUGAAUCUUGUACACAGAUUAUAUCCUACCGUGGACACAACACUUGAUCCUGCACAUGCUGAGUACCUGAAACGUCGGUGUCCUACACCGAAUCCUGAUCCAAAGGCUGUGUUGUAUUCAAGGAAUGACCUGAAAACGCCCAUGAUCAUUGACAACAACUACUACAAGAACAUCUUGGAACAUAAGGGCCUUCUCCUGGUGGAUGAAGAGCUUGCCACUGACUCAAGAACAGCACCUUACGUCCAAAAGAUGGCCAAUGAUAAUCAAUAUUUCCACCAGCAGUUCUCAAGGGCCAUUCAAUUGUUAUCUGAGACCAAUCCUCUACAAGGGGAUCAAGGAGAAAUUAGAAAGGACUGUCGCUACCUCAAUGUCGAUUAAAUAUAUA